AUGGGGUCAAUUAAUAAUAAUGAUACUUCUAUCGAAUGUGAUGUUUAUAUUCAAAGACUUUCUGCUUAUAUUAGAAGAAAUGAAGAAUCAUUAGCAAAUGGAUUACUUUGUUUUUCUAAAAAUAAGAUAAAUCCAAAGUUAAAACCAUUAAGAUUAAGUUUCAGUCUUCAUCAUCUUUAUUGUGUUAGUGAAAAAAUCGAAACAUCAAAUUUAGGGGUUGAAGUUGGACCAUUAAAUAUAAAAAUCGAUAAUCCUAAUCAUGAACCAACUUUUAUUUCAUUUAUGGCUAAUAAUGCAAGAUCAUCGAAAAAUUUCGAAAGCGAUGCCAAGUCAAUUUCAUCCAUAAAUUCAAUGAAAUCAAUAGUUAGUUCAGCAUCAGUUUAUUGGAGAAAUUUUUCUUUUAGUAAAGAUCCUAAAAUAGUGAAUAAAGAUUUAAGAUACUUAUAUUCAUCAUUUACUAAAAUACCAUGUUUAAUAUUGAGUCCAAAUACUAAGAUUUCAAAUAUUAAUGGCUAUGAAGAAUAUCCCUGUGAUACUUCAGUUCCAAUUAAAAUGUUUAAAAAUUUACAAGUAUUAGAAUUGGUUGAUUAUGAACCAAUUGAAAUAUUUGGAUGGAAUAUUUUAAGUGAACAAUUAAGAAUCCUUAUUAUUAGAAAUUCAAAAGUAAAUGAUUUGGCAGAAAUAAUCUUUAAUCUAGUUAUUGAUGAUGAAUUAGGUAGAUCGUCAUUUUCAAAUCAUAAACAAUCAAGAAAAUCUGAAUGGUUACAAGAUUAUCAUUUGACAAAUUAUACUUAUGGACAUAAUCAUUCUCAAAGUUAUAACGAUUAUUCUUUUAAUAUUAAUAACUCUGCAUUUAAACAAAAAAGAGAGAGAGCAACAACAACUGGUGGAGCUGGCUCCAUACCAAAAGAUGUUUUAAAUGAUUUAAAUAUUGAAAAAAAUUAUCAAAUUUUACCGGAAAAUAAAUGGUCAGUUAUUAAACAAUUAACCGUUUCAGAAACUUCAAUUACCUCAAUUCCUUCUUAUGUUUUUAAACCUUUAAAUAAUUUAGUUAAGUUAAAUUUAUCAGGAAAUUUAUUAGAUAAAUUACCCGAUGGAUUAGAUCAACUAACUAAUAUUAAAUACUUAAAUUUUAGUGAUAAUUAUAUUACUAAUUUGAAAAAUUUACCUAAAAAUUUGAAAAAUUUAUCAAGUCUUAAUUUUAAUAAUAAUAAAUUAAUUGAAAUUGAUGGUAUUGAAAAUUUAUUUAAUAUUGAAAAAAUUGAUUUAAGAAGAAAUAACUUAUCAAAUAUCAAAUUAUUAAAACCUUUAAUUAUUCAAUUUAUUAAAAAUUCAGAUAAAUUAACCAAUAUUUAUUUAUCUGGUAAUAAUUUACAUAAAGGUUAUAGAACUGAUUUAUUUAAUCUAUUUAAUGGGGUUAAGUAUAAAAAUAAUAUUAAAAUUGAUGAUUCAAGACCGGGAUAUUUUGAAAGUGCCCUAUUAUUAGAUGCUGAAUCUUCUUUCAAAUUUUUAGAAAAAUUCUUUGAUCUUAAUAGAAGAAAUAGUUUAUCUAUUCCUCAACCUCCAAGAAGAAUGAGUGUUACUACCAGUCAUACUAAAAAUAGUAAAUCAACAAGUGAUAUAAAUGACUUGAUUGAUCCUUUUGCCUCUUUCAAUUUAAAUCAAAGUAUGAAAAAUUUGAAAAAAUCAAAAUAUACAACUACUUCAACUACUUUAACUACUCCCAAAACUUAUACGUCUCCAACAAGUACAAUUCAAUCAAAUUCUUCCCCAAUAUUACUUUCUGAUAAUAUCAGCAUCAUUUCGUCUUCUUCAGUUAAUCAAAAACAUUCGUUCCCCUUGGCUAAUAAUCAAAAUCUACCAAAUCAACUACAUAAACCGUUUGAACCUUCAGAUCAAUCCUAUAGCUCAAAAAAUUUUAGACAUUCAAUUCCAAUUCCUUCUCCUUCCAAUCCUACAAUGACUCCUUCUCCCUCUCAAGCUAGAUCUUUGAAACAUUCAAGCACAAUGACUACUCUUGAUAUCGAUACAACUUCAAUUCAUAGUCCUGCUCCUAAUGUUAUGACCCCAGUUCAAGUUCAAGUCGAAGGCUUCCAAUAACUUUAUGCAUCACUUACUCUAUAAUCUUUAGAAUACUUUAUACUACUUUGUUUCCUAUACCCUCAUGUUUUUUUUUCUUUUCUCUCUAUAUAGCAUCAUGUACCAUUUGUAUAAUU